AUGAAGUUCCUGGGACCACAUGGGUGUCGGUGGUCGAUCAUCCUGCGCCUCAUCGAGUACUUCAACGUGGUGCCCGCACCCGCCGAACGCCGGAAUGUGCACGAAUCCGACGCGCCUGACGCCGUAUUCAUCAUGGGUCGCAACAACUCCGCCUUUGUCCUCAAAGGAAGUCGUAAAGACGUAAAAGACUGGACGAGUUGCGGGUUGAUGUACCGCGACGCUCCAUGCGGCGUACCAUCGUCUGUGUGGCAGGGCUUCACUCGCAUGGCUAGUCUCAUGGUGCUGUUGUUCAUUUUCUCGGCGGUGCCUAAUGGAAGUACACUAGAUCAGGUUGCUUUCAUUAUCCUAAAUGCGGUUGCGCAACUCAAUGUGCUCGUUGGACAGCGGCUGAAUAGUCGGUGGGUAAUGGCAAGACUAAAGAAGGAAGAAGACUCGAGAGUGGAGACUAGAACACACGUUUAUGCGAACCUGAUCAGAGAAUUCAAGGAUGCCGAGAGCGAGAAGCAGUGGGUUGAUGCGUCGGGGAUUUUGCCCAGGACCGAGGUGUGGAAGGAAUGGAAAGAACGGGUUGUGCACGAUGAGGGAGAUGAUCCAAAGAAGUUGUAUCGCGUGGUUUCAGAUGAUUUUGAGAGCAAGAGCAAGAGCAGAAGUGGAAGUUCAGGUGAUAUGGACAGGUUCGUUGAGGUGAAGGAGAAAGGUCAAUAG